AUGUCCCAAGUUCCCAGCAACAACAAAGAAGCACUUGCUCACUACCGCAAGGUCCGAGACUUCAACAAAAGAUACAGUGCUGUUGAUGAGAGUACGCAUUCCGAACACUAUGACGACGGUGCCUCGUGGAUUUCAUCCUCCACUCGCAGCAUCACCACUAGUGGUUCUAGUGACCUCCUAGCACAAAUGAUGAUGACGGAGACGAGUCCAAGAUUGUCUCCCAUCCGCUCUAGAACAAAGCGAUCGAGCAAAUAUCAUGGCGAGCAUAAUAUGAAGACACUUCAGGAGAAAAGUCCAGGUUGUGUGGACCGCAGCCUCCGAAACCAAGAUUGGCUUGGCAGCACUCCUGUCAGUGGCGAGGAUGGCACGCCGUCGUCUCGUCGCCGAACUUGGAAGCUCAAGAACCCUGAAGACCUGGAUUUCUUGACAAUGAAGAACUAG